AUGAACAACAAUGAUUCAGAAUCCCUUAAAGAAACUCCCGUUCUUCCUCAUGAUAUCAUAAUCUAUGAUAUACUCACCAGACUCCCUCUUGAGUCUGUGGUUCGGUUCACUUGUGUCUGCAAACUAUGGUCCAAAUUACUCUUGAACAACAAGAAAUUUGCUAAUCUUCAUCAAAGGAGGAACUCUCCUUCCUCAUCACCACCAGGUAUUAUUGAUUACAAAUUCGAUAAAAAUACUCGCAAGUGUUAUUUGUCAUUAUUUGAUGUCGAUAAGAGUAAAAGAAGGAUUGUUAGGUUUAAGCCAGAAACUGAUUAUAGGGUUGAUAAUAUGGAAAUUAAACAAUCUUUCAAUGGUUUACUGCUGUUCUGUCGAUGUGUUAAGCGUAAUUCUGUUUACGAUUAUAUCGUUUAUAACCCGAUUACGGGUCGUUCUGUUAAUCUUCCAGUACCAGAUGGGAUAGGACUGCAUAAUUGUGAAUUUUGUUUGGGUUACGACCCUGUGGGGGAGAAUUAUAAAUCUGUGUGUUUUGGUAAUUAUGAUGAUAAGUAUUUUUGCAAGAUCUUAACACUCGGAGAAUUUGGAAGGGAUUCUUGGAGAAAUCUUGUAAAGCCUGGUUUUGGUUUCAAUACACCUUUCUCUUUUGUAAGGAAUGGAGUUGUUUUCUCUAUUGGUGUUUUAUAUUGGAUUAGUGAUGGUACGGAAGAACCCAAGACUGUUAAGAAGACGAUAUAUAGCAUUGAUUUGACCACAGAAACUUUGUAUACCACUAAAAUCCCUAAUGACGCAUCACAGAAUGUGGAUUUCUGUAAUCUGGUGGAGAUGGGAGGAUUGUUAUGCUAUUAUGAAUUGAACCACAAAGACAAACUAGUAAAAUUAUGGGUUUUGAAGAAGAAUAUUGAUAAUCAGUGUGAAUGGGUGAGAGAAAGGAACAUUGAACUGGCGAAGAGCUUUCAAAAUGCUGUUGGAGUACUAUCCUACGAGGAUUUCAAAUAUAACUGUCAUUUAAUUGAAAUUGUCACAAAUCCUAAACCAAAAAUCAUAUUCAUGUGGUAUGGGGCUCGUGAAGUCGACGAUGAGGAUGCACUUUUAAGCUAUGAGUACUACUCUUGUGAUGUGGAGCUGAACAAGAUUGAGUUAAUACUUGGCUCAAAGAUGGACGGCAAAGGUGAUUGGCAUGUGAACAGCAUUGCUUACUUAUAG